UAGCAAUGGCGGCAACGUGGUUAUAUGUGGUGUGUUUUGCACAUCUGAUAUUGCAAAUUUGUGCAACUUACGAAGAUCAAGCAGGGAAGUUUGAUUGGAAGCAGUCGUAUGUUGGACGAGUUGAACAUCUUCACUGGGAUCAGUCGGCUGCGUACAGUGGAAAACGAUUUCUAGUGGCCACGGACAAACACGUCAUUGCGUCUAUUCACGCACACAAUGGCAGCUUGGUGUGGAGGAAAGUGUUUGAGCAGUCGGUCCGGGGGAGAGUCGAUUGUCUGCUGCACCAAGGCAACCUUCUGUUCAGCGUACACUCAGGAGGUUCCCUGGUUCGAGGCUGGUAUUCGGGCAGCGGUAACAUGAUGUGGGAAGUCAUGUUACAGUCUCACCUCAGUACCAAACCGUCUGCGGUUCUUGUCGGGAAAAACAAAGCGGAAAAAGUAAUUGUUGCAACAGCUCACGGCUUGUAUGCUCUGCAGUCAAACGAUGGCAAAAGGUUGUGGGACGUUGAUUUACUUCACAGUGAUACGGUGGCCCACUGGUUCAUGGUAAACCGUGACCACGACGUGCUCUUGGUAGGAGUCUCACCGGGAUCCAAGGUCACAGUCGUUAAGGUCGACCACGAAGGAAAGAAGGUGACAGAGUACUUGGUUCCUGCGAUGUGGAUCACAGAAAAAACAAGCUGUCUGAUUUUGGGCCAGUCUCACUUUCUCUGUUAUGAAGACGCAUCAUUGAGAUUCCAGCUCCUCCAACUGCGAGAGGACAAAUUGUUUGCUUCAACACCCCUACAGAGUCUUGGUUUGAAGCCAACGACGGACUCGAGUCUUCAGCAAGGACUACCGAGAUCGAACACGCUGGAACCGCUGUUGGAGGCUGUGUUCCGCGUUGCCAGGGACCACGUGGCCGUCUUACAGAUAUCAGAGUCAAACAUCAAAGUGCUCAGAGACCUGCCCGAGAGUUCAGCUGCACAGAUUGUAACAUACGAUGACAUGGACAUACUACAGACUGUCCAAGUAAAUGGGUCAGAGUUCCUCACUAUAUCGGCCUAUAACCUGAAGACGGAGGAAGAACUCGUCGAUCUCGUUCAGACUCACUCGUUUCCCCACUCGUACGGCCUGCCACAGGAGAUAUUCUCUUUGGUGUUUGCACGUAAGAAGGAUCAUCGUUUGGGCUGUAAGAUUGUCCUUCUGGGGGAAGACUUUUGUAUUCAUUAUAAAUCAGGCAAAUCUUGGUGGCACAGAGAGGAGUCUCUGGCGUACAUAUCGGCUGUGGAAAUGGUUGAUUUGCCAGUGUCUGAAAACCAGGCCAAGUUCGAGGACGAAUUCGGUUCAAGAGAAGGUGAUGUGGCUGCCAUGUUUUACAAGAGAAUAUUAACCCAGUUGUCACAGCUACAGACGUUCUUCGAAAACAUCAUCCACAAACUGCAGGGACCGCGCCACCAGCAUGCACCAAUGAUGGACGAUGACGAAGAUGUUGAUGAUGAAGAGGACGAAGAUGACGAAGAUUUGACGAGAGAUGAGUUUAACCUUCACAAGAUCAUUGUCGUCGUCACGGAGGCCGGAAAGAUUUUUGGAAUUCGAAGUCACACUGGCAGGAUCAUUUGGCGUCAGUACCUGCCAGACUUGUGUCCCUUUGACCGAUACGGCCGUCACAAGAUGCUGCUGUACGUACAGAGAACGACGGCUCACUUCCCUCAUCCCCCACAGUGUGUGGUGCUGGGCAAGAACAAGAAAACUGGCAAUGGAAUGCUGUAUGCUUUCGACCCCAUCGCUGGCACGCCAGAGGCGGACAUUUUUCCUGGUGGGAUGGACAUUGGCUUUGAGGUCUUCCAGCUAGCCCUGAUGUCGGAGGUCAACGAAGAAUUCCUGAAGGGCUUGAUUAUUGUCGGAAAUGACCUCAAGAUUCGAACGUACCCGGAGUCCGUGAAAUCUGUGGUCAAGAAACUAGCACCGAAAUUGUUUCUACACCUCACCAAUGUGGACACUGGGACUAUGACCGGCUACAGAGUUCUUGUCAACGAUCACGAGGGUAUAAAAGCAGAUCCUAUGUGGAACAUAGAUCUACAAGAGCAGUACCAGAAAGUUACAAACGUUAUCUCCAAGAGGGUCGAUGAACAUGUACACUCACAAGGUCGUGUCCUCGGUGACAGAAGUGUGUUGUACAAGUACCUCAACCCUAACUUGGUUGUCGUGACAACCGAGGGAGAAGAACCAGGAUCUGCCCAGUCUCAUAAGGGCCCUGUGAACUACUUCAACGUGUAUCUGAUAGACGCAGUGACGGGACACAUCGUCUUCCAUCUCAACCACAAGCGAGCUAAAGGACCAGUGGUCGUCGUACACUCAGAAAACUGGGUCGUGUAUUCCUUCAUCAACGAGAAGCACCGGCGCCCCGAGAUCGCCGUCCUGGAGAUGUUUGAAGGGAAGGAGCAGAGCAACUCGACGGCCUUCACCUCAUUCAGCCCUCCCCCACAGCCCCUCAUCCUCCGCCAGUCCUACAUCUUCCCCCUGCCCAUCUACACCAUAGCAGCCACCAUCACCGAGAAGGGAAUCACCAGCAAGAACUUGAUAAUUGCCUUGAAGGUUGGAGGUUUGUUGUCUUUACCGAAAGCUCUGCUUGAUCCGAGACGACCUGUCAUUCCAACUCAGGAAACCAUGGAGGAGGGAACCAUUCCAUACAUCCCUGAGAUCCCGAUCAACACGGAGGCCAUUCUCAACUACAACCAGAGUGUGUUCAACAUCGACGGGAUCCACACAGCUCCGGCCGGGCUCGAGUCCACCUCACUGGUGCUAGCUUACGGCAUAGAUCUUUAUUACUGCCAAGUGACUCCAUCAAAGAUGUUUGACGUUCUUAAAGAAGAUUUUGACUUUUUCUUCAUCGGACUGGUGCUAGUGUUAAUGAUCAUAGUUUCCGUCGUCUCACAGAAAUUUGCUGCCCGCAAGGCUUUAAAUAGAGCAUGGAAAUAAUAGGCUGUUUGAAUUGUUAGGCAAUCUUUUCAAAUUGUUAUUUAUUCAGAUAACGAAUAAUGUAUUUUGUGUUUACCUGGGCAUUCCUUCUGUAUGAAAAAAAUGUUGUGUAUUUAUGUGUGUGUAUAAUAAUGUGUAUUUGCUGUUGGUGUGAUAUGAGAAGAGUUCAGGCAUUAAAACCGAUAAACGCCAUUUUAUCCAAAAAAAACGACUUCUAGUUCUAUUACUAGGGACGGGACGUAGCCCAGUGGUAAAGCGUUCGCUUGAUGCGCGGUCAGUCUAGGAUCGAUCCCUGUCGGUGGACCCAUUGGGCUAUUUCUCGUUCCAGCUGGUGUAACAAAGGC